AUGAGUGAUCUGGUGCCUUUAUCAAAAUCGUCUGCGAUUUUGUCGACCUCCAUGGCGACUCCCUCCCCCUCAGCACCGGCCGUCGGUCCAGACACAUUGAUCACUAUCAAGAUUCUUCACAAUGACUCGGUUAACCGUCGCUUCAAGAUUCCUCUGCGAGACUUGGGUGCUCGUGUGUUUCCCCAAAAGGUCCGUUAUCUGUUGGCUGUGGCACCCACAGACUCUCUAGUCCUUGAACGCUACUCCGACAGCCUCGCCAACUACAUUGUCUUGGACAGCGAGAAUCCUGCUGUCUACAAGCAACUCUACCGUGCUGCCAAGGCCAAGCUCAAGCUCCGCAUCAAGGCUACCACCAAGCCCCAAGAGUCGACAGACUCGCCAGUCGUCACCGCUCCUAUCGAGGAACCUCGUAUCCAGGAACAAUCCCACCAGCGCUUCCGUUACUUGGAGACUGUUCUUAGUCCCUCGACCACCGCUAGUGCUCAGACCAAAAAUAUGACGUCACCGCUCACUUCCCGGGCUCGGGCCUUCUCACCUGUCUCUUCCGUCCAUGAGAAGCAGCAAGCUUUCCCUCUCCGAUUCUCCGACAACAACUACCUUGGCAAUGCAUUCUGCAUCGACUGCAACAACUGCGGCGGUAGCAUCCCUAGCGAGCACUACCACUGCGGCAUCUGUGACGACGGUGAUUAUGAUCUGUGCCUCAAUUGCGUUGACGCUGGUGUGUCCUGCCCUGGUGACGACCACUGGUUGUUGAAGCGUGUGGUGCAGAAUGGUGUCAUCAUCAACAGCGUUACUGAGAUUGCACCCAAGCGUCUCGGUUCUUUGGAGCCUGUUGCUACAGAGAAGCCUGCUCCGGUCAAGGAAGAGCCUGAGGAAGAGCCUAAGGUUGAAGAAAAGGAGGCUAUUGUUCCCGAGCCAGAGGUCAAGGAGGAGCCAAAGGAAGUUGCCGAUGAGCGUACCUGUAAUGCAUGCUUUAGAGAAUUCUCUGAGAGCUCAAUGGUGCAUUGUGACAACUGCGAAGACUACGACUUGUGCAUUGGCUGUCUGUUGAAGAACUCUCACGGACACAAUCCCGCCCACGCAUUCUCGAUUAUCCAGGAGAACCAGCUCGGUUUGAAGAACCUAGUUCUCUCCCGUUGCCGCCCAGGUCGCCAUUACCACCAUGCCGCCAUCUGUGACGGAUGUGAAAAGCGCAUCGUUGGUGUUCGACACAAGUGUCUUAGCUGUCCUGACUGGGAUUACUGCUGGUCUUGUGCAAAGACAGCCGAUCAGUCACACCCUCAACACCGAUUCGUCCCCAUCUACGGACCGAUCUCUGAAUAUUCGUUCUCUCAGGACGUUCACUAUGGCAUCUACUGUGAUGGUCCCUUGUGUCGUGGCAAGCCAUCCACUUCAUACAUCACUGGUGUUCGCUACAAGUGUGCUGUCUGCCAUGACACCGACUUUUGCGCUGCUUGUGAAGCGUUGCCGACCAACACUCAUAACCAAACUCACCCUAUGAUCAAGUUCCGCACUGCAGUACGUAACGUUACUGUCAACACACUGGGCGAUGAUGGCUUCGGUGGCCAGACCAUGGUCAUGGGUGACCGCACUCCUCCAGCUGUGCGUAGUUCUGCCAACGUCACUCCCACAUCUCCUGUUGAGGCCCCAUCUGUUGUAGAGAAGGUCGAACCCGAGGCAGUCAAGGAGGAGACCGCUGAAGAAGAGCCAGCUCCUGAGACACCCGAGACUCCCGCAACUCCCCGCCGUUCUUCGGUUGACUUUACCGACGACUAUAGCGCCUACUUCAUGAAAGACACCGUUUCCGAUGGAACUGCUAUGGCUCCAUCUCAAGUUUUCCAACAGACCUGGACACUUUACAACCCCGGUCCUACGACUUGGCCAGUGGGUACCAGCGUUCGGUACGUUGGUGGUGAUGCCAUGUUCAAUAUAAACACUGAGCAUCCUUCCAGCGUUGUAGCUCUUGCCGUGGCCAUGUCGAGCAACGAGUUGGUCCACCCAGUUGCACCUUCGGAGUCGGCUGACUUUUCCGUCACUUUGAAGACUCCUCAACGCAUUGGUUCUUCUAUCUCUUACUGGCGUAUGAAGCUGCCCAACGGAACUCCUUUCGGCCACAAGCUCUGGUGUGACGUCAAGGUUGUCGAACAGCCUAUUGCGGCAACUGAGCCUGUUGUGCCUGUCGUUGAAGAGGAGGCGGAGUCUGUCGUAUCCGAGUACGAGUCUGCAACCGUGGUUGAUGCUGCAACUGAGACCGAGUCUGAGGCUGAAAUGGCCGGUAGCAACAUGGUCUUCCCCAAGCUUGAGAAGGAGUCCCCAGUCUCCAGCACUCACACACUUGCCCAAAACCCAGCACCUUCCUAUACUGCUCCUUCUGUCGAUGACCAGGCUCUUCCCGAUGAUAUGGAGAGCUUGACUCUUGAGGACAGCGAUGAUGAUGGUUUCUUCACCGAUGAGGAGUACGACAUUCUUGAUGCUAGCGACCAGGAAUCCAUCAACGGCAAGCACUAG